AUGAAAGAGGCAGAAAUGAUUGACUACUUUCUCCAAGCUCAGGAUCCUGAUUACCUCCAUUAUAUGUUGGCCGCCAUUGGUAAGCCUUUUGCUGAAGCGAUUAAGAUUGGGGAAAUAGUUGAGAAUGGCAUGAAGUCGGGCAAAAUGGUGAGUCAGGCAGCCCUUAAAGCAACCACGCAAGCAAUUCAAAGCGGGUCAGGCAGUUUCGGAAAUCGAAAGAAGAAGGAUGAAGGAUCCAUGAUGGCAUCUGGAUUCGGGGAAGUUCAAAGAGGAAUAGUUCCUUCAUACGUGCAAUUUCAACAAGGACAAUCCGAUUCUCCUCAACAUUAUUAUCCGCCUCAGGGUCCUCGAUACUCAGUUCCCUCGCAACAAUACAUAGUGUUUAAUGCUCAGGCUUAUGCUAGGCCUCCCAAUCACCAACAAUGGCGAGCACCGAUUCCACAAGGCGCCCGGCCGAAUUUUCAGGCGCCAUAUAAUCCUCGUCCCAGACAGGAAUAUGUUAGAGAACAGGAUCCAAAGAAAGAGUUCACCCCAAUUGGAGAAUCGUACACAAGCCUAUUUCGAAAGUUGAUGCAGCUGAAAUUGAUUGAACCUAUCAUGCCACGUUAUGUGAAUCCAAAUUCAAAGGGUUUUGACUCUAACGCAAGAUGUGAGUAUCAUUCUAACACCCAAGGUCAUAGUACCGAAAAUUGUUGGACAUUAAAGAAAGCCAUUGAAAAUUUGAUUGAAGCAAAGGCAAUUGUGGUGACAAACAAUGAAGAUACUCCUAAUAUCACAAACAAUCCGCUCCCAGCUCAUGAUAAUACACACUUUAUUGGGAUGAUUGGUGAUGAUCGUGACUAUAAACAAUCUAGAAAGACAGAGAUGAUUGUUGGAACCAUAGGGCCAGAGCCAAAAGUGAUAGUACGCCCGCCGCAAUUGGCACCACUUAUUGUGAAAGGUGCAAGUUCUAGUUCAAACUUGGCAGGUUCUGAAAAAAUGGUUCUCUAUGUCCCUGGAAGCACAAAAAAGAUUGAGGUUCAAUUGGGUGGGCCAAGACUUUAUAUCCCUGGGGGCAUUCAAAAGAUUGUUCCAAAUAAUGCCUUAAGAAAUAUAACAGAGCCGGUUGUGAUCCGACCUGUUGCACAACUUCCAGUGUCAAACCCAAAAGCUAUUCCCUGGAACUAUAACAAGACUGUCAUGACAUACAAAGGAAAUGAGAUAGUGGAAGAAAUAGAUGAAAUGGCAGGCUGGACUCGCUCUGGAAGGCGCUACUCGCCAGAGGAGUUGAGAAAAGUUAAGCAAGCCAAGGAAAAUCACUUUCCAGUGAAAGAAGCUGUUUCAGAAAAAGAAACGAAGGAUUUCCUUAAAAAGGUGAAAAUGCAAGACUACUCAUUCAUUGAUCAACUAAGGAAAACCCCUGCUCAGAUAUCUUUGUUAUCUCUGCUUUUGCACUCAGAAGAACAUCGCCGUGUGUUGAUCAAAACUUUGAAUGAGGCAUAUGUCCCAGAAAAGACAACGGUGAAUCAGUUAGAAAAAAUGGCUGAAAGAUUCUUUGAGGUGAACAAAAUUUCUUUCAGCGAUGACGAUUUGCCUGAGGAAGGGGCUGGGCACAAUAAAGCUUUGCAUCUCAUGGUCAAAUGUGAAGGCCAUUACGUAAAAGGGGUCAUGAUUGACGGAGGUUCAAGUGUAGAUGUAUGUCCUCUUUCUAUUCUACAACAACUGAACAUUGACUCUAACAGAAUUCGGACUAGCCGUGGAUCCAUAUGGCCAGAGCUAUACCAUCCACCCUACAUCAAAAUGGUCAAAUUCGAAUUUGACGGGCAAGAAAUUGUUGUUCAUGGGGAGGACGAGUCCUUCAUCUAUAAUGACCCGUCUAUUCCAUGUAUCGAGGCCAAGGAAGGAUGUGAAUCCCUCAUAUAUCAAACAUUUGAGGUAAUUGAGGUAGACCAAGUGGAAGAAGGAAAACCAAUUCUACAACCCCAUCUUUCAGCCACAUCUAUGAUGGUAGCCUCAUUGAUGUUGAGAAAUGGCUAUGAACCAGGAAAAGGAUCAGGAUCAUUUCUGCAAGGAAUUGUGAACCCCAUCGCUCCCUUUUUGAAGAAAGAUACCUUUGGCUUGGGUUUUAAACCAACAUCGGCUGACAUAAACAGAGCCAAGGCCCGGCAAAAGAAUGAUUGGAAAUUGUCAAAACCAAUCCCUCACAUUGCCUACUCUUUUGUCAAGCCACAAUUUAAAGAAGUCCAAAAUCCUUCUACUCAUGAUGACAUUGAUGAAGUUUGUCAAGGUCUCAAGGAUAUGUUCUAUGGAAUCAACAUGGUUCAAGUCGGUGAGGGCCCUAGCCGUGCAAGUGUUCAGCUUAUUGCGGGGAUUGAGGACACUGAAUGGGUGAAGUCCCGGUUGGAACAGUUGAGUAUGAUUGAUGAAAAGCGUCUGGCAGCAGAAGAAGCAAAAGGAAAGUUCGCUCCAAAUUGGCAAGGUCCUUACCUUGUCAAGAAAAUAUUGUCGAAAGGAGCUCUACACUUGACAGAUAUAGAAGGAAAGGUGACAAACAUAUCCGUCAAUGCAGAUGCGGUCAAGAGAUACUAUGUCUGA